AUGACUACUCUUCAAGUUGUGCUCAUCGUUGGAUUUUUGAAAAUAUUUAAUAUAGAAAAAGCUGAAAGCCGAACAAGUAAUAAACUUGUGAGUGAAAAACAUAAGCUCCAUUAUCACUAUGAGACGUUCAAUUACACCACCUUGGCUUUCACGCACGCUGAGAGUCCUACGUGGGACCCUGACUUGAAUACAUUGUACUGGGUUGAUGUUCUCAACCAAAAUGUGCAUGCAUUGGAAUAUACCACGAAACAACAUCGACUAAAACAUAUAGGUAAAGGUGAAGUGAACAUAGUUUUACCGAUCGCAAACAGCAUGCGCUUAUUAAUCGGAGUGCAAUCAUCCGUAUAUUUAUUAGAUUGGGAUGAGCCAAGACCUUCGUCAUUACGCUUCAUGGCAGCAUUAGAUUUAGGAAGUCCGGACAAUAUUCUGAAUGAAGGAAAAGCUGAUGUAAAAGGCAGGUUUUGGGCAGGAACAAAGGGUCCUCAGCACGGUGACACUGUAUUACCAGAUCAAGCUGCACUUUACAGUUUGGAGCAACCACAUUUCGAGCCAAAAGUUCAGCUGAAGCCCGUUUCAAUAUCGAAUGGAAUUGUCUGGUCAUUGAAUAACAGUAUACUGUAUUAUAUAGACUCGGCUACGCGAACAAUUGAUGCAUUCGACUUCGAUGCAAGAAAAGGACGAAUUAGUAAACGUCGCACUAUAUUAGACAUCAGCAAGUACAAUUUUAUGAAAACUACGCCCGAGCCCAUACCUGAUGGGAUGACUAUAGACAGGGAUGGAUGUCUUUGGGUUGCGCUCAUGUUUGGUGGAGCAGUCAUUCGAGUAGAUCCAAACCAGAGAAAAGUCGUGGCAAAAAUAAGCUUACCAGUUUCUCGUGUAACGUCCGUGGUUUGGGUUGGGGACGCGUUAGAAGAGUUGGUUGUCACCACCUCGCGGCGCAAUAUGGAUGCAAAAGAGCUAGAGAGAGAACCGUAUUCGGGCAAUCUAUUUAUUCUCAACAAACUUGGAACCGGUGGAGUACCCAGCUACAAACUUAUAUUUAAUGACUCGGAUAUUUAUUAA